UCCAAACAGGGCAUUAAACCCGCGCAGGUGAAAACAGGUCCUCGUUCUCUCUCUCGUUCUCUCGUCUCUCAUUCUCUCUCUCUCUCUCUCAUCUUACUGAAACCCUAAUACCAAGCUCUGCAAACCCUAAUCCCUUUCUUCGUUCUCUCUCUCUCUCCCCCCCCUCACUCUCGCAAGCUCCCAGUCUUUCGUCGACUCUCCCUUUCUCAUGCCUCUUCGUCUUGUGGUUUCGUCUCCUCAACAAGCUCGAAUCUCUCACUGAGAAUCCAUGGGUGAGGGAGAUUAAGAUUUCUCAGAAAUGUAACCGAAGUUGGUUCUAAACCUGGAAAGCCCCUGAGCAGACAGAGCAGUGUAAUUGAAUCAGUUGAUCAAGAUUUCCCAAGUCUUGGUCGAACUAGAGGACGAAAAGCAAGUGCCAAGGACUCAGUUUUUUGGGCCCUCCUCUCUCUGAUCAAUUCAAGUCUAGCUUCAGUCCUUUGGUGUUCAGGAACAAGCAAGAAGAAGACGAAGGAGAAGCAAUGAAGGAGUACCAAGUCAACGGAAGCACUCUCUCCCUUUCCCUUUUCACUGAUGUCACUAACAGCAAGGAGCUUCUUGACUCAAUGCAGAUGGGAAAACUAGAACCAGAGGUUGCGCUUUUAAAUGCAUCACUGAUACCAGAUAUUUUCCCUAUUCUUGCUGCAGCACAUAAAGCACUAAUGGCCAAAUCAAGGGAAUCAUUGACCACACGUACUCUGCACUCAGAGCUUGUUUAUAACUUCUCGGGAUCUAAACAUAUAUCAGAAUCCUUGAAGAGGUGUGGAAUCUCAGCUACAACAACAUAUAUCCUUGCAGCUCGCUUUUGUGCAACUCAAGAUGAGAUGGAACAAAUAGGAAAAAUAAUACACGGGAAGGAGAUUGAUUUGGGGGAGUUGCAAGCAAGAGCAAAUGAAGCUCAGAUCCAGAAGCAUUAUAAAAUAACGAGCCAAGAAUUAACCAUCUCUUCAUUGUCGGACGCAAUCACCUGCCGAAUUGCUUGCCGAGAUGCUCUGUGAUAGAGAACUUAAUUGUAUUUGGUUUUAAAUUGCUUUUUAAUUUAUUUAGAGCAUACUUUAUUAUUGUGGUUGCGACACAUGUUUCACUUAAAUUGACUGCAAGGAUUGCAAUGCAGGAAAAACAGUUGCCUUACAUGUCUUUGUGUUUUAUUUCUUCUUGAAAAUUUUUAUCCAGCGUUUGUAUUCUUGUACUUGUGUGGUCAAAGAUGAGUUGGUGUUGAAGUUAA